AUGCGAGAUGCUUACCGCUGGGAUGCUGACCCCAAGGAGUUCCAACUUCGUGCUGUACAAGCUCAGAUCGAAGGCACCGACAUGAUUGUGCAGGCGCCGACUGGAGCAGGCAAGACUGCUAUCGCCGCUGGACCCCAUCUAUGGGCCGGCAAUGAGAAGAGAUUUACGCUUAUGGUUUGCCCGCUACUGGCUUUAGAAGAAGAGAUGUGCCAAACAUUUCUCACCGACUUUGGCCUACGAGCCAUAGCCUUGAACAGCAAAAAUGGUGCAUGUUCUCCUGAAGCGAUUAAGGCCAUUCUUGCGCACGAAUAUCAAGUCAUACUUGUCUCCCCCGAAAUGCUCCAGUCCCGUACUUUCAUGAACCGCAUCCUCCGCAAUAGUCGCUUUAUGAAGCGAAUCAUUUCGAUGUUUGUCGAUGAAGCUCACUGUAUUGUCCUAUGGGGCACAGAUUUCCGCAAGAAGUAUGGCACGCUAGGCAAGGUGCGCGCGUUCUUGCCCCGUGGUACGCCUGUCAUCGCCGUAUCCGCCACCCUCACUCCGCGAGUCGUCCGAGCCAUAUGGGCAUCCCUCCAUUUCGCUCAAUCAGACACACAAAGCCAUUACUGCAACGAAGGGAACGACCGCGCAAAUGUGUCCAUCGUGGUACGCGCCUGCGAGCAUCCUCUCAAUAGCUAUGCCGACCUCUCGUUUGUAAUCCCCCCCACUCUCCGUUCCAUCACCGACAUUCCGAAGACCUACGUUUACGUCGACAGCAUCGCAACCGGGGGCGAAAUCAUCGAUUAUCUAAAUGGUCUGCUCGACAAACAUUUCGACCUGCUGACCGCGUCCGAACCAGAUCGAGCUCGCUUCCGAGGCGUUGUCCGUCCCUUCAACGCCACUCUCUCACAUCGGUAUCGAACAUUGGCGAUGUCACGCUUUCGCGACGGCAACAUUCGCGUCUUGGUUUGCACUGACGCUGCUGGUAUGGGCUGCAACAUUCCCGAUAUUGAUCGGGUGAUCCAAUGGAAGCUGCCAGCGACUUUCUCUCACUACAUCCAGCGAGCUGGACGCGCUGCACGAGGCCGAGAUCGCACGGGCAUCGCCAUCAUGCUCGUAGAGCGAUCGGCAUACAACACCGACCUUGGGCCGUCCUUGAACCAAGGAGAAAUGUUCGCGCAUUCAAAGUCCAAGGCCAAAAUCCGCAGAGCCAUAGAUGGUGAUGAUCGAGUUGUCCGCACGGUCUCCAAAGAGAAGCGCAACAAAGGAGACAUUCGGGAAUACGCGCUCGCACACGGUCUAGCGCGGGGAGGUUCGGCGCGACAAGACGCUCCACUGACUGGUGUCCAGCCGCAUACUGUUGAAGAUAGCCCUGACGAGGGUCUCUUAGCCUUUGUUCAGAGCACCUCAUGUCGACGCCAAGUAUGGGCACGCAUAUUCGACAAUCCGCACCCGUUAGCUCCAGUGGUCCCCUGCUGCGAUAUCUGCUCCCCUUCACUGUUCGAUCGCGCACGACCACCUCUUCUCCCACCCGAAAGCCGAGCACGCAACCUCAAACGGGGUGAACCGGACCUCUGCGCGCAGGACAAGCUGCGUAACUGGCGCAACAAUAUUUUUGGCAAGCAUCACCCUAGUGCCCAGUAUGACGCGACAUCUGUUCUAGACGACGAACUCAUUCUCAUGCUCGUCUCACAUGGUCCGCUUGAAUCCCACCAGGCCCUCAACCUCAUCAAAGACAAAUGGCCAUUCCACGACACCCACGGUGUAGAGCUAGGAAUGUACGUGGCUACCCUCGAAAUCAAGUUCUCAGCCAUCCCCAGCAAAACGCGUGCCCAAAAUGCUCCCCCUUCCACUCCAAUACUUGAACGACGCCCCAUCUCCUCCCUAGCCAACGCACAAUGCAAACCCUCCCUCAUCCCCACGCUGUGGGUUCAGUUCGCGAACGCGGGCAACACUACUUGCGCAAGCAGCCAGCUGGAUUGGUACACGAGCGUAGUCGGAGAGUCACCUUGUGUAACGUACCAGCGGCUACGUCAAAUCUGCAACAAUGACUAUCAAGUGCCGACUUUCAGGACGAACACCCCUGGAGAUCAGUGCGAUGACCAAGUUGCCUCAUGUUGCUGCAACACCGUCGCGUUCCAGCUGAGCAUGCUCUGCAUGAAUUGCCAAUAUGACACCCAGCCUGGCGACCAAAUCGGGAUUGACGCAGGUGUGGGAGCGUAUACGCUCUAUCGGCAGACCUGUGGUGCGGGGACGAAUCAUUCUCUUCCAGACGACAUCCAGUCAGCCGUGUGUAAUUUGAACAUCCGAUUAGACAAUUAUCUAUAUGGUGGGUGGGAUGACGGUUCCUGGUAAAGUGUAUGGACGAAAGAAAACGCUGAUCGCGACCACGCCGCAAACAACAAUAACACCUUCACCCACUGCGCGAAUCAGAUCUCGCCUUCGUCCACACCCACGUCUACCUCCAGCUCGAGCAGUAGUGCUGCCCCGGCGACGACGACAAUCUCGUCGCAAUCUACCUCUACCUCUUAUUCUGGUGCACCAGCACAAACCGGAGCGGACAACAAUGCAAGUGGCAGCCAUAGUUCCCACAACAAUAUUGGCCCCAUAGUCGGUGGAGUGCUAGGGGGCAUUGGUGCUGUGGCAGCCGUCGUCGGAGCUCUCGUCUUCUGGAGGAUCAGGAGAGACCCCAGCGGUGCUACCCCUGCGACUCCAGAUCCGCAUUACAGCUAUGGCUACCAGGACAAUCCCCCGAUGGGAUCUGCCACACCGUUCGCGGCCAGCAUAGGGGCAAUGUCCCCAGGGAGCGAGGCUUUCGCUUCAGGUGGAACAGUGGUGGGGGAACCAUAUCCAGGAUUCGGUGCUGGGUCAGCAAUCUGGUCCCAAGUGAGCCACUCGAUCAUCCCUCCCAGUACGUUAUCCCCCGACGAGUCUCUCCGGCACGACGAUGCUGGUCCUAUCGCCGAGCUGAGUCGCUCACCUUCCGGCCGCCUGCCACCCGCAUACCGCUCUUGGGAGCAGGCAACGGGCACGGGUUCCAACUGUGGCUCAGCAUCCGUCCCUGGAACGGGGUCAGCAGGGGGUUCAGCAUACUCAGAGACACAGCCGUUUGGCGUCUUAUCCCCAACGGGAUCAUCCUCGGUCGCGUCGCCGUCCCCGCAGGAGUUCGAUCCGCAUGUGCCUCUCGUCCCUCUGAGAAGAUCGUCAAUAGCAAAGGAGUAGACGCGAUGGCGCGACUCUCUUGCGAACAGCGAUCUGCACGACGUCUCCUUGGGUCCUUACUCUUUUUUUUUCCUUCGGUUUUGCUUGCAACGAAUCGGUAUACCUCUUGCGGUCGCACCUCCCACUCUCCGCAUUCGAUCAUAUGUAUCCUUGUCUCGAGUUCUGGCACGUACGAUAGUCAUCGAUCGGACCAUGUCCUCCCAUUCGAGUAACAGUAUAUACUUUCUCCCCAAGAGAGAUUGAAGAC